AGUCUUCUUUCAUUUUUCCAGUGCUUCUUCUCGCAUCCAUUCCAUUGAUAAGCCCUCCACUCUGUCUUUUCCAUCUUAGCUUCGAUUCCACCCAAAGAGAUCACAUUUGAUUUGGUUCUCGUCCCAUUAGUUCAACGCAUUUCUUGAAGAAGAAAUUGAAAAAAGAUUGGAUUUUAAUCCCGAAUCUCAAUCUGGGCUUUCUUGUUGUGUGCUGUAACAGUAACUAUUCUCGCCUUUAUCCGUCGGAUUUUUCUGUACUAUUAUUACUCACUGAGUGGUUUUCAUUUUCUUAUAAUGUCUUGCUCCACUGGGCAGCCAUUUCCCAUUUCCAAUUUCCUGCACAUGGAGUUGAUGUUCCACUGUUUAUUAUAGCUUGUUUUGUUUUUUGUUUUUUGUUUCUGCACACUGCCUGUUUGAAUCGAGAGAAAAGUGUGACUGGGUUUAGGGUCUUUACCAUUUUUUCUGUCGGAGAUUUGGGAUUUGUGAAGUCUGGGAAAUCAAAUCUGAGGAGGAGCAGGAAUAGGAUGUUGGGCUCAGGGGUGAAUCUGAUUACCACAAUCAUUGGGUUUGGGAUGAGUGCAACUUUCAUAGUGUUUGUGUGUACUAGGUUGAUUUGUGGGAGGAUUCGCCGGAGGCAAAUGUUUGAGAUUGAAUCAAGGCUUGAUCUUGAUCAACUGCCAGAGCAUCGGAAUAGUGGUCUCGACCCUGGUGUGGUUGCUGCAAUUCCCUCCCUCAAGUUCCACCCGGACGCUUUUAGCCCUUCUGAAGACACACAGUGUAUCAUAUGCCUUGCAGAGUAUCAAGAGAAAGAAGAUUUGAGAGUUAUGCCCGAUUGUGGCCAUACGUUUCACCUCUCUUGCAUCGAUACAUGGCUCAAGAAACAGUCAACUUGCCCGGUUUGCCGCUUUUCUGUACAGGAAUCUUUUGAAAGAAAACAGAUGGUGGGUCCCGUCCAAUCCUUCGACAGCUCACGGAUCUCCAUGGGACAGUCCAGACAGUUUCUGCUACCUGCAACUGCCGAGCGCUCACAGGACGACGCAAGAAGUAACGACAGAGGUACUGAUGAACCCGAUGUUGCUAUAGAAAUCGAGUCUUUUGCGGGUCCCACAGAAGUAACACCAAGAACAUGAGCAGAGGAGAAAAGAAAAGCACUCCCCUUUACAUUCUUUGUUUUUUUCCCUCACAAUAAUUUUCUUGCUGGGAUAUGGACUUUUGUGGCCUCAACAGUGAGCUGAGAAGUCAAAAUGGGCAUAAACUUUCCUGUAAAUAUUUUCUGCUCUGUAUUAAUUAGCCCAUCUCAAUCUGUUUUUGGCAGUCUAUUCAUGUUUCUAGAGGGGUUCCAUACUUGUGGUAAGGGCAUCUUAUUCCUUAAUGG